CGUUGUGCAGCCAAUCCAAUGAGGAGGCAGACAGUCUCAACACGAGCCCGAACUGAAUUUCAGAACUACACUUGGUGCUGUCUAAAAAUGCAAAACAUGAGUUGAAGUAUAAAUUCAGCGCAAUGCAGCUGGAGGACCUCCCUAUCGAGCUGUUGGAGCGUAUUGCGGGCUACUUGGACGCGCACGAUGUUACGCUGGGUCUGCGACCGUCCUCGCGGCUAUUUGCGCGCGUGCUGCAGCGGCCUCGUGUGGCACUGGCCCUCUCCCGCGCCGUUGCCCCGUCCGUCUUCGCCUCGGUCUGGGGCGCGGCUGCUGGCCUAGGGGUGUUGUCCCAGCUUGCCUCAUGCCGCCGCAAGCGGUUCCUCUUCCUGGUGGCUGCAAGCGGCGUGCUUGAAAACUUCAAGCUUGCAAUGGACGCGUGCGGCGUUACCCGGCCCGUGUUCCGCAACAUCAUGGAGGCCGCCGCCUUCUCCGGCUCCGUGCCGCUGCUCCGCUGGCUCCUCUCCCAGCGCGGCGUGCCAGAAGUCACCGAUGUCGACAUCCUGACUGCAGCCGCGCUCGGCGGCCACCUCCCUGCAGUCCAGCAGCUGGCAGCCAGGGGCUUCGUCCUACGCAGGGAGGGCCUAUGUGAAGGCCGCCUGGCAGCCGGCGGGGUCCUGCGGCCCUUCCCCGCCGCCGCCGCCUCUGGCAACCUGGCGCUGGUGCAGUGGCUGUUCGCGCAGCGCCCCUGCGGUGACACAGCGUCGCCAGGCGUGUCGCGGACGGAGGCGCCCGGGCGCAGCGAGCUGCUGCAGGCGUGCGUGCUGGCGGCGCAGGCGGGCCACACGAACGUGGUGGAGUGGCUAUGCCAGCCCGCGCGCUGGCGGCGUUGGGACCCGGCACGGGCUGCCACUGGCGAUCUGGCGCUGGAGACGGGGGUGCCGGAGCCGUGCUGGCCGGUGGACGCCGCACAGGUCCUGGCAGGCAUCGCCGGUGGGUGCCCGCUGCACGUGCUGCAGCACCACUUUGACUCGCUUGCACAGCCGCUGUUGGAGCAGGAGCAGCAGGCGGGCGAGCUGACCCAGCUGGGCCUUAGCCAGACGUAUCCGUGGCGUGAGGUUAUGUGGGCCUUCUGGGGGCGGUCGAGGUGCGCGGUGCGCUGCCUGCACACGCGAUGCGGGGAGAAGGAGUCCGAGGCGGCGGCGGCGGGGCGGCGGGCGCUGGCACCGCUGCUGCGAGCAGAGGUACUGGCGGCGGCAGCGGCCAGUGGCACGCAAUGGCGUGAGAAGGUGCUCUUCCUGGAAUCGCAGGGCUGGGGGCCACAGGAUGACGGAGGGGUCGCAUCUCAACGGUAUCGCUUGAUCAGUGAUGACGGAAGCGGCGGCGGCAAGGUCGUUGACAGGGUUGCUGGGCUGCUGCUGCAUCGGCGACUACACAGCCUGCCGCUGCUGCAGUUCACCCUGCGCGGCGGCUUGGGGCCUGACCUCGUCCGAGCUGCUGGAUGCGGCGAGGACAGUGGCGGCGGCGCGGGGGCAGGCGAGGAGGGGCGCGGGAGUGACAGCGGCGCCGCGGAGCGGGUAGCGUGGCUACUGGCUAAGGGCUAUCCGCUGCACCGCCGGGCACUUUCCAUGGCUGCAGUUGCCGGCGACGUGGCCGCCUUCGAUGUGCUCUUGGCUGCGGCGCACAGCCGAGACCAGCCGCCGGCCCCACCGCAGGUGCCGUGGGGACUGGACGAGGCGGGCGUUCUGGCGGACCUGUGGCCCGGUUGGAUGCGCGCCGGCCCAGAGGCGCGCGGAGUCGAAGUGCUGAAUCAGCUUUUUGGGCAUGACUGUCUGGAGCAGCUGUGCCGCUGGGGACACCUGCGGGUGCUGCGGCGGAUGACGGAGCUGACGCUGCAAGCCGCCGCUGAACCCAAUGGCAGCAGUAGCAGCAGCAGUAGCAGCAGCAGCCACGGGAGCGAGGGACGGGACAGCGAAGGCGAGAGCGUGGAGGGCCGCUGGCGCGGCGGCCGCGCCGUCGGUGGCAACGUCUGGGGCGGGUGGAGCGGGCUGACGUGGCGGGUGCGCCGCUUGAGCAACAGCGGCGUCGCCAUGCUACACGCCGCCAUCCGCGGGCGUCACUGGGAGCUGGCGGAGUGGCUGGUUGACAACCUGUGCCCCGGCAGCGAGCCAGGAAGGGCAGAAGGCAGCGACGACGCUGCAGCGGCGGGUGAAGGUGUGGAUGGCGGCACGCCUGGCGAAAUCCACGUGUGUGCUGACCUGCUGGCGGCAGUGGCCGCGCGAGGCGCAGCCGUGUACACACCGGUCUCGCUGGCUGAGGGCGUCCCGGAGGGGGGCAAGGACGGCGGCUCGGAGGGCGGCUCGGAAGGUGGCAAGGAGCGCGGCAAGGAGGGCGGGCAGCCGGAAGCGGAUGGAGGCGAUUGUGGGCUGCAGCAGGAAGACGGUGGAGUGGAUUCCGGGGAGCAAGGCCCCACUUCCUCCUUUCAGCGGACGCCGCUGGAUGCGGCACCGCGGCCUUCGGUGAGGCAGCCCCGCGCGGCGCCCCGCAGCCUGCGAGACGUGGUGGACAUGUUCGGUGGCAUUCACGUAUUGAAGGAGCAUUUUCAAGCGGCCCUGGCGGCUUUGGACGAUAACACGCGGGCGGCGGCGCUGCUUCCACGGCUGCGGCGGCUGGCGGGGCCGGGGUGCGAGACGCGUGUGUGGAGCUGUGCGAUUGUGGCAGGCAACGCACGGGGCAUGCGCUGGCUCCAGGAGGCUGGCAUCGUUCCGGAGCUUGAGGAGGACCUGUACGGCUGGGCCCUGGACUACAGCGACACCACCAGUCUGAAGCAGCUGGCGGUGCUGGGGGUGCCGGGCGGGGACUGGCGGCGGCUGCGGUGCCGGGCCGAGCAACUGGGAGACCGGGUGGCCGCGCGGUUCGUGAAGCAGGAGCUGCAGCCCCUGCUGCAGCCGGGGGCGCGCGAUGGGAGGGCGGCAAGGCGGGCGGGUGCAGGUGGUGGUACAAGUGCUGGUGGCAAGCAGGAAGGAGGCUGUGGAGGUAGGGUGGAUAGCCUGGGCUGGUGGGAGCGGCUAGCGUGCUGCCUGCGCCCUGCCGCAGAUGAUGUGUGAUGGUCAGCUUGGUCGUGUUGGAGUGGGUCAUGACCCCAAGCGGCAAGGACUACCAUGGCGUACUGCGCUUGAUGUGGCCGUUGCCCUCGGUGGCAGCUGCUGUGCAUUACCGCAGUUAGACUUGCUGUGUCAACGGUGCCGCUAUGGAAACGAAAGAUUU